AGACCGAAGCUGGUGUCCGAUUUCAUCUCCCCCAAGUUGUAAAUUUUCAGAUAUGUCUUCAAGAGAGAGGCAUUACAACAGAGGCAUAUCAUCAACUACAUCAUCAUCAUCAUCAAGGCACCACCACCACCACGAGACUUCCGACAGCAACCGUGUCUCCCACUCCGACGUUCUCGAAAACAAGAUCGCAGCUCGAGCUGCAGAGAUAGACCGUCUCUCCAGCGACAACCGUAAGCUAGCCGCUUCCUACGUGGCUCUCAAGGAAGACUUAUCCCUAGCUGACCGCGAAGUCCAGGGCCUUAGAGCUCACAUCAUCAAGACGGAAACAGACGGAGAGAUUCAGAUCCGUGGGGCGUUGGAGAAGAUAGUGAAGCUUGAAGGGAUUGUCAACAAUAGGGAUAAUAUAAGGAGGGAGCUGCAGUUAGCUCAUAUUGAAGCUCAUAGGUUGGCUAGAGAAAGGGAAGAGUUGGCUUCACAGGUGAAAGUGGCUGUUAAGGAGUUGAAGAAGGUUUGUUUAGAAUCUGAGGGUUUAGAGACGUCGACGCAAGAGCUUGAGAGGUUGAAAGAAGAGCAUCAGAGGUUAAGGGAAGAGUUUGAUGUAGAGAAGAGUGGGAACGUGGAGAAGCUUGUGCAGUUGAAGGAGAUGGAGAGUAAUAUAAUUGGAGCAGUUAAAGAUAUUGAGAAGCUGCGUAGUGAGAUUGCAGCUGCAAGGAGUAGAGCUUAGGGAGAGAUACAAAGAACCAAAACUGUGUUACCUAAUUUUCGUAAUAUAUAACAUGAGUUUAUCUUCUUCUCUUUUUUUUAUAUCAACUGUCUCAUUGUAGUGUUCAGGCACUAGUGCACUACCUUGAACACACAACUUUACAACAGCAGGAGAUUUCCCGUAAAACCUUUG